GAUUUUAAAAAAGGUAAAACACAUCCUUGCUCGAGCAAUGUAGACACUGAUCCGGGGUCCACAUUGUCCAGUGGUGUAAAUAACAGCAAUUCCUCCACUGGCCCGAGAACUGUUUACGGGAUCAAUCCUCUGGACCGACCGGCCUAUCGAAGCGCAUCUCCUUUGGCUUUAUGUGCCCCAGACAGCCAGUUCGCAUUACCGGCACCGGAUUCCGCGGCCAAUGGUCAUCAACCCAAGCUGGAUCGAUCUCAGAUCUCGCUGAAACUUGCGACUGUUCGUUGCGACCGGUUGAAACAGUUUGAUAAACUAACCUUGUUCUUAUUUUAUUUGUGGGCAUGCUUGAGUAUCGCUGCUUUCCGUUGCAGCAUCACAUUUUCGGGCAUCGCCGCUCUAGCCUCCCGGGGUUAUGACUCGUUUGCUCACCAUUCCGAACCGGAUUACCUGUUACAUGAGAAGAUUUGA